CCUCGAGGCCCGCGUCGGCGCUGCCCCGCCCGCUCGGCCUCGUUCGCAGCCUGUUUGUCUACUCAGCGCCGGGGAUGGAGGUGGCGGGAGGCCGCGGCUCGCCAUGAAACCCCGGCCGCGAAAUGAAAGGAAGCAUCACGCCAAAAGCCAGGAAUUUGGAGCAACCCACAAUCCAGCGGGCACCAUGCAAGCCCAGUCUAACAAUCGCCACAGUGCCCCAGGGAAUAGCAAUGCACCCCACUGUGCUCCUACAGCAAGACUGCCGCCAGGGGAAGGAUCGUGCCAGCGGGGAGGGGAUGUUCACAUCCAGCUAAAUUCUGCUGCAGUGGAGGUUGGAGAAGAUUCUGGCUGCAGGCAGCACCCACGCUCAGGGACCCAAAGUUGCUCCCAUGCUCACUCUCACGGCGAAGCAAGGGGGGGCGAAGAAGGCAGCGGAGAUUCGGAGGAACAAAGCAGCAACUCUCUCUCGGAGCUCAGAUACCUCCUCCAGUGGCUACAGAAGAGUUUCCUGUACAUCUUGAUCCUGUCUGCCAAACUCCUCUUGCAGCAUGUCACUGGCAUUUCUCUGGGAAUUGGGCUGCUCACAACUUUUAUGUAUGCAAACAAAAGCAUUGUAAAUCAGGUUUUCCUAAGAGAAAAGUGUUCCAGAUUGCACUGUGCUGGGGUACUUUUGUUCCUCACAGGAUCAUCCGUCCUUCUCUAUUAUACCUUCUUUGACCAGUCUCUUCAUUAUAGCUUGAUUCUUUUGACUCCAAAUGUGGAUUUCACAAACUUCUGGGAUGUACUUUGGAUUGUGGGAAUCACAGACUUCAUCCUGAAAUUCCUCUUCAUGAGCUUCAAGUGCAUCAUUCUCUUGUUGCCUUUUUUAGUAAUGUCAUUUAAGGCCAAGGGCUACUGGUACAUGGUAUUGGAAGAAAUCUGCCAGUAUUACCGUAAAAUCGUCCCUAUACCUGUCUGGUUCCAAUAUCUUGUUGGCUUGAGGGAGCAGGAAGGUGCGAUCGGAUGGAGCUUUUGUAUCUUGCUGGGUCUGCUCUAUUUGAUCCUAAAGCUUUUGAGCUUUUUUGCACACUUGAAGCACUUCAGACGGACUUUGAGAAUAUUUUAUUCCCAACCGAGCUAUGGUGUGGCUGCCGGCAAGAGGCAGUGUGCCGAAGCGGAGGACAUCUGCUCCAUCUGCCAAGCUGAGUUCCAGAAGCCUGUUCUUCUCAUCUGCCAGCACAUAUUCUGCGAAGAAUGCAUAACUCUGUGGUUCAAUAGAGAGAAGAGUUGCCCGCUGUGCAGAACGGUCAUCUCGGAUCACAUCCACAAGUGGAAAGAUGGGGCAACUUCUAUGCAGUUACAGAUCUACUAAAAGCUUGCCGCUUCUUGCUACACAGCAUAAGUCACUUGAAUCCUGCAGUUUAAGGUGGGGUGGAUAUUUGGAGCUGUGGUUCCGCAAAGUGCUGUCACAACCCAAGCUGUUUUUUUCAUAACUGCCACUGCCACUUGAUUUGUGCACACCAAGUUUUCGACAACGAAUAGCUUGCCACAACCUGACUGAAGUCAGCAUUUUACACACAAGGGCUGGCUGGCUGGCUCCCAAAGUGACUCAAGCAUUGCCCCAGGAGUAUCAAUAAUCCCAUUCAUGUCCAUUUUUAAUGGGAUGCAGCAAUACUCUGCAGGAUUCAAAGGCACUCUCUAUUCACACACUUAUCCCAUUUCUGUUUUCACUGCCAAGUUACUUCAGUUAUGUAAACAUGAAUAUUUGUUCCCCUAAAAUCUAUUUUUACAAAAAAAAAACCCCACCCCACUAUUCAAUGCUGUAUUUUGACAAGGAGCAAAGUAUAAACAGAAAAUAUAUCUAAUUGCAAUACUUUUUUAAAAAGUUGUAAUAGACCUGGAAGUUGGCAAGAAUAAACGCAGUUUUAAUCUAUGGAA